UGUUCCCGGUAAUAUGCCUGAUUAUUAUGGAGUUCAGCACAACUGGCACAAGAAGAGUAUAUUUUGGGAGUUGCCGUAUUGGAAGGAUCUUCUUUUGCGCCACAACCUAGAUGUGAUGCAUAUUGAGAAGAAUUUUUUUGAGAACAUCAUGAAUACAAUAUUGAAUGUUCCAGGGAAGACAAAAGACAAUCAAAAAUCGAGGUUGGACUUGCCUGAUAUUUGCUCAAGACCCGAGUUACAUAUAAAAAGCAAUGGACAAGUUCCUGUACCGGUAUUCAGAUUGUCUUCAGAACAAAAGUCGGUCUUGUUCAACUGGGUUGCAUCAGCAGUGAAGUUUCCUGAUGGGUAUGUUUCAAACCUCUCUAGAUGUGUUGAAAAGGGCCAAAAGUUCUCCGGGAUGAAGAGUCAUGAUUGUCAUGUCUUUAUGCAAAGACUACUUCCCUUUGCAUUUGCGGAGCUACUUCCAACAAAAGUACAUGAAGCACUUGCAGCCAUUGGAGCAUUUUUCAGGGACUUGAGCACUCGCACUCUUAAAGAGGAUGUCGUAGAACAACUUCACGAGAACAUUCCGAUCUUAUUGUGCAACUUGGAGAUGAUAUUUCCUCCCUCAUUUUUGACGUCAUGGAGCAUUUAGCUGUCCACCUCCCGUAUGAGGCAUUGCUUCGAGGACCAGUACAUUAUGGAUGGAUGUAUCAGUAUGAGCGGGCCAUGAAAUAUUUGAAGGGAAAGGCAAAAAACCUCGCAAAGGUUGAAGGUUCUAUAAUUGCUGGAAGUUUGACGGAAGAAACAUCUCACUUCACAUCGUACUACUUUGCACCUAAUGUACGGACCCGACAAAGAGCUCCAAGAAGAUAUGAUGAUGGUGGUGU